UAAAACAAUCCCCCAUAUUUGGUAAUACACAACACUACUUGUUUGAUACGUCGUUAUUCAAGCAAGCAAUAUAUUCGCUGUAUACUAAAAAUAUUUCCUUAAGUAGUUGAAGGCGAGGUAUAUGUUGCGUCGUGUGAUAGACGGGUUGUAUUUUUACAGUUUCAGGUUUCUUCACUUCCGGUUUUAAGAUGCAGAAAGCCAAGAAAUACGAUUGGAAGGAUUCCAACAUGGCGCUGUUCGGCUCGGACACCGAGAAGUCAGUCAAGAAGGAGUCUGCCCAAACAGAACCAGCGUGGAAGGGCAGCGGUCAGAAGCCUGGGCUCCAGAUAUGGAGGAUUGUUAAAUUCCACGUGACGGAUUGGCCAAAAGAGGAAUAUGGCAAUUUCUACGAUGGUGACUCUUACAUCAUCCUCAAUACAUACAAGGAUGCUGAGAGUGACGAGCUACACUAUGACGUCCACUUCUGGAUCGGUAAAUACAGCACCCAGGAUGAGUAUGGCACAGCUGCCUACAAGACAGUGGAGCUGGACACAUUCCAUAAUGACAAGCCAAUCCAGCACAGAGAGGUGCAGGGGCAUGAGUCUGUGCUCUUCAAGGGAUACUUCAAACAGAUCAAUUACAUGAAGGGUGGAGCUGACAGUGGUUUCCGGAGGGUUGAGCCAGAGCAGUACAAGCCCCGCCUCCUGCACUUUAAGAAGGAGGGACCGCGUGUCACAAUGACUGAGGUUGCCCGUAAACAGAGCAAACUCCAGGAUGGCGACGUGUUUGUUCUAGACCUGGGUCUCACCAUAUACCAGUGGAACGGUGCAGCAGCUCAAGGCAUCGAGAAAUUCGAGGCGGGCAAAGCUGUGUCCAAGAUAAAGAGCGACAGGGGCAGAAACAUUGAAACAAUCGUUCUGGAGCAAGCUGCAAUGUCAGCAACUCACAAGUUCUACAACUUCCUUGACGAUGAUGACGAUGAUGAUGAUGAUGACAACGUCCCCAUCGAAGGAGAGCCUACGCUUUUCCGAGUGUCAGACGACGAUGGCUCCCUGGACAUGGAGCAGGUGAAGUCAGGGGUCAUCAUCCAGAAAGAUCUGAAAACUGAGGAUGUGUUCAUCAUUGACACAAAGUCGGAGGUGUUUGUCUGGAUUGGCAAAGGCGCCUCAGUGGACGAGAGAAGAAAUGGCUUCAGCUACGCACAUAAAUACCUGAUGAAAACUGAGUACCCCUAUCUGCCUGUGUCAAUUGUGUCAGAGGGACAGAAAUCAGAUGCAUUCAAUGCAGCUGUGCCCAUGGCGGCGUAAACUACCUUGUAGAAAUGAGGAUUGACAUUAUUGUUUGUCACCUAGUACAAGGGCAUUUAAUUGUAUUCAACCAUAUGAAGUACAAAGUCAAAUAUUUAUUAUGUUUUAUUAGGUCUUCUUUGUAUUUAAUGAGUAAACUAUUGAUGCUCAUAUUCUUAGUUUGAGACAAGGAUAGAUCUAAUUUUUGUGUUGUCUCUUGAACUUUUGUAAAUGUUAAUUUUUUCUGUGUUUAUUAACAUUACUUGAUUAAAUAUUUUGAAUGUUUUGCCUGUAAUUUUGGUGCAGUUAGUUCUUGUCUGCAUUAGAGAAAUAGUAUUUGGAAAAAAUAUAUCUUGGAAAGAAAUAAACAGUACAUAAAGCCUUUUACCCAAGGCUGAGAUUUUACAGGUUUUUAUUUGGUUUAUAAUAUAAUCUCUAAAUAUGAAAAACUUAACUCUUUAAUUGUUACGGCCAUACUUCAAGGUCAAUAGUGUGAUCCAUUUCUCCUGCACCCAUGAAAGAAUUUAUAUCAAUAUUGACCACAAUUAUGUCAUUUGGUAUGAUUGGAAGAUGGCUAGUCAGUCAUGCUGGAUCAAAAUCACUUUCCUUGCAUCAAAAUUUAUCAAAUCUUUGCAAGGGAUGUAGCUUUUUAUAUACUUAUUAUUAUAUUGAACUUAUCUGUUUAUAUGGAUGUAAUAAAUAAAAUUCACAUCUA